CAUCACUCCAUUUCAAAAAAUUAAUUAACAAGAACUCUCUCUCUCUCUUCAGUUCCACUUUUUUUUCCAGAUUCAAAAUCUCACAAUUUUCUCUCUCUACAAGAAGCUUGCGAGCUGGGACCAAAGUCUUAACUGAUUCAAGUCUCCUCCUCCUCCUUCUUCUUGUUCUUCCACUGCUUCACCACUUUACCCUCUCCAAUACGCGCAAAAGGCACAUCAUAAGACAUCAAUGGUCAUGUCUUCCUUUUUAAGUACCGCCCAUAAUCCCCAAUGAUUAUCCCCUUUUUCAUGCGCGAAUCCCCCACCUCGUUUCUCGCCAAAGCUCAAACAUUCUCCUCUUCUCAAAAACCCUUUUAAUCUUCUAUAACCCCAACAACCCCUGAGAGAGAGAGAAAAACACAAACUUUAUUCAAAUCUCUCUCUGUUUUCAAAGUCUCGAUCUUUACUUCGAAUCUCUCUCUCUCUCUCUCUCUCUCGCCAUGGUUGCAGAAGCUUGGCUUGUGAAGAUGAGCACCAAUCUCAAACACGCCCUCCUCCUCGAACCCUCCUCCUCCAACAAAAAAACCCCUCUCCCCAAACAAACAAUCGGGAUCCUAUCCUUCGAAGUAGCCAACAUCAUGUCCAAAACAGUCCACCUCCACCGCUCCCUCUCCGACACAGACCUCUCCAACCUCAAAUCCCACGUCUUCCUCUCCCAAGGAGUCACAACCCUCGUCUCCUCCGACGUCAACCACCUCCUAGACCUCGCCGUCUCCGAGAAGCUCGACGAUUUAACCCGCGUGGCUACCGUGGUGUCCAGGCUAGGCAAGAAGUGCAACGAGCCCGCCUUGCAAGGCUUCGAGCACGUCUACGAGGACAUAGUGAACGGUGCGAUCGAUUUCAGGAAGCUAGGGUUCUUGGUUAAGGACAUGGAGAGUAUGGUUAAGAAGAUGGAGAGGUUCGUUAACGCUACUUGUAGUCUCUACUGCGAGAUGGAAGUGAUGAACGAGCUUGAGCAGGCUGUGUUGAAGCUUCGGAGAAGCGGACAGGGGCAGCAGCAUCAAGGGAGCGUUAAGGCUUUUGAGCAGAAGCUUAUGUGGCAGAGACAGGACGUGAAGAGUCUUAGAGAUGCUUCCCUUUGGAACCAGACUUAUGAUAAGGUCGUUGAGAUGCUGGCGAGGACGGUUUGCACGAUCUACGGUAGGAUCGAGACUGUGUUUGGUGGGUUGGGUCUGCGAGGUAGAAAGGAUUCGAGUUUGAAGAGGGAAGUAGAGGAGUUCACGCGUGGCGCGGAUUUUAGUUUCCCUUGUGGGACUAAUCCAGGGAGGAUGUUCAUGGAGUGUCUCGCUAUGAACAGCUCGGUUUCUAGGAGUUAUGAUGAAGAAGUUAUCACGUUUCCUAGAACAAUGAAAAGCACUAAGUUUGGUUCCAAGAGCAGGUUAACUCAACACGCUUCAGCUUCGACGGUUGGAGGGUCUGCUUUGUCUUUACACUAUGCGAAUGUAGUGAUAGUUGUGGAGAAGCUUCUCAAGUACCCUCAUCUAAUAGGGGAAGAAGCUAGAGACGAUCUUUACCAAAUGCUACCGACGAGUUUGAAAACGUCCUUGAAGGCUAACCUCAGGUCAUACUUGAAGAACAUUUCGAUCUACGACGCUCCGCUAGCUCACGACUGGAAAGAGACUAUAGAUGGUAUACUCUCUUGGCUUGCUCCCUUGGCUCACAACAUGAUCAGAUGGCAGAGCGAACGGAACUUCGAGCAGCAUAACCAGAUUGUGAAGAGGACUAAUGUGCUUUUGCUUCAGACACUUUACUUUGCUGAUAGGGAGAAGACGGAAGCUGCGAUUUGUAAGCUUCUUGUCGGGUUAAACUACAUUUGCCAUUACGAACAGCAGCAGAACGCGUUGUUGGAUUGUGCGAGUAGCUUUGAUUAUGAAGAUUGUUUUGAGUGGCAGAGUCAAUGCCAAGCAGCUUACUUGGACUAACAUUUGGUUUUGUUUUAAGUGUUGUUUUAUAGAUAAAUUUGUUUAUGAUUCAACACAUUGUGAAUAUCUAAACUCUCUACUGUUGUUUGCAUACAUAAAAAAGAUUGUGGAAUUGGGGUUUCGGUUGUGA